AUCAAAGUGCAGCAGGUGGCACUGGAAAUGCAGCUGACCCCCUUCCUCAUCCUCCUCCGCAAGACGCUCGAGCAGCUGCAGGAAAAAGACACGGGCAACAUCUUCAGCGAGCCGGUCCCUCUGUCUGAGGUAACAGAAAUCUACGAAGUCCCAGACUACCUGGAUCACAUCAAGAAGCCGAUGGAUUUUCAGACAAUGAAACAGAAUCUGGAAGCCUAUCGCUAUCUGAAUUUUGAUGACUUUGAGGAGGAUUUUAACCUGAUUAUCAACAACUGUUUGAAAUACAAUGCCAAAGACACAAUCUUCUACCGGGCCGCCAUCCGUCUGCGGGAGCAGGGAGGCGCCGUGCUCCGGCAGGCUCGCCGGCAGGCCGAGAAGAUGGGCAUUGACUUUGAGACAGGCAUGCACUUCCCACACUGUGUAACUGUGGAAGAGGCUCAGGUCCAAGAUGUGGAGGACGAAGAUGUGCGGCUGCUGCUCUCGGAGAAUCAGAAGCACCUGCCCUUGGAGGAGCAGCUGAAGAUCCUGCUGGAGCGGCUGGACGAGGUUAAUGCUGGCAAGCAGAGCAUAGGACGGUCCCGCCGCGCCAAGAUGAUCAAGAAGGAGAUCACGGUCCUGCGGCGGAAACUUGCUCACCCGCGAGACCUGGGCCGGGAUGGGCCGGAGAGACACGGCUCCUCGGCCAGGGAGGUGCUGCAGUCACACAACCCCUGCGAGAAGGACCUGCAGACGGACAGUGCUGCUGAGGAGAGCAGCAGCCAGGAGACCGGCAAAGGUCUCGGUCCCAAUUCUUCUUCCACCCCAGCACAUGAAGUUGGCAGGAGAACCUCCGUGCUCUUCUCCAAGAAGAACCCUAAAACCGCAGGCCCCCCAAAACGCCCAGGCCGCCCCCCGAAGAAUCGGGACAGCCAGAUACCGCCCGGCCACGGGAGCAGCCCCAUCGGCCCCCCGCAGCUGCCCAUCAUGGGCUCCUCGCAGCGGCAGCGGAAGCGAGGGCGCAGCCCGCGGCCCAGCUCCAGCUCGGACAGCGACAGCGACAAAUCCGCCGAGGAUGCUCCCAUGGACCUGCCGGCCAACGGUUUCAACAGCGGGAACCAGCCGGUGAAGAAGAGCUUCCUGGUGUACCGGAAUGACUGUAACCUCCCUCGGAGCAGCUCCGACUCGGAGUCCAGCAGCAGCAGCAGCAGCAGCGCUGCCUCCGACCGCACCAGCACAACCCCCUCAAAACAGGGCAGAGGGAAGCCCUCCUUCUCCCGCGUGAACUUCCCCGAGGACAGCAGCGAGGACACGUCGGGGACAGAGAACGAGUCCUACUCGGUUGGCACAGGGCGAGGUGUGGGGCACGGCAUGGUGCGGAAGGGCAUUGGCCGCGGAGCGGGGUGGCUCUCGGAGGACGAGGAUUCCUCUCUGGACGCCUUGGAUCUCGUGUGGGCCAAGUGCCGGGGGUACCCGUCGUACCCCGCGCUG